AUGGUGAAGCAAUUCAUACAUCAAUAUAAUCUUCCUUUUAUAGCUCUUUUAGAAACAAAAGUUGUUAGUGAUAAAUUGCAAUCUAUUGCUAAAAAAGUGGUUAAAGACUGGACUUGGAUCUCUAAUUGUCAUCAAGCAAAUAAUGCUAGGAUUUGGAUUCUCUGGAAUAGUGAGAUUUUAUCUGUUCAGCUCAUAAAUUCCUCAAAUCAAUUCAUGACAUGUGCAAUAGCUUCAAAAGACAGCAAACUAUCAGGUAUAAUCACUGUGGUAUAUGCUCUUAAUGAUAUAUCUGGAAGGAAAUCCCUCUGGCAUGAUAUCUUGGCUUUCAAACAAUCUGUCACCAGUCCCUGGGUUAUUGGAGGAGAUUUUAACUCUAUCAUCAAUAAUGGAGAGAAAAUUGGUGGUGCUAUGGUAACUGAGUCAGAAACUGAAGAUUUCCAGGAUUUCAUAUCCUCGUGUCAGUUUGUGCAUCUCAAAACCACAGGAUGCUUUUAUACUUGGUGUAAUAAGCAAGAUAAAGACACAAGAAUCUGGAGUAGACUCGAUAGAGUUCUUAUCAAUGAAGAAUGGGUGCAACAAUAUACUUCAAGCCAAGUGGAAUUCCUACCUCCAUCUUGUUCAGACCACUCUCCAGCCCUUAUUACCAUUGUUGAUGAUACUUUUGAGGGUAAGAGGCCAUUCAAAUUUUUUAAAAUGUGGACUAACCACCCUGAUUUCCUCUCAGCAGUAAAAUCAGUCUGGGACCAAGAUGUUGUGGGUUACAGAAUGUUCAAAUUUCAUACUAAACUAAAGAAGCUCAAGGUUGUCUUAAAGGAGCUGAAUAAAAAGCAUUUUAUGAACAUUAGUGAACAAGUGUUGAGGGCUAAGGAUCAACUUGCAGAGGCUCAAAAGCAACUAAACUCUGAUUUGUUCAGUCCUGUGCUGAUUGCUAAAGAAAGGGAAUGCAAAAAGCCAAUAUCAAAUGGGGGAUCUAUGGUGACAAAUGCACUCAUUAUUUUCAUGCCAUUAUGA